AUGAAGGUCAUAAUUGCCAAUGCUGCGCGAUGGGAACCGUCACGGGAAGAAUUUUGGGAUGCGGUUCAUACAUUGCACAAAAACGACUUGGUUAGAAGCGCUAUUGAAGAGGCGCAACGGCAGAUGCCGCCUUGCGAUUUGCAACACCACGCAAACCUCGUAAAAUCCCGGCUCUUAGCAAGGCACUUGCUGGUAAACCAGUUGUGCCACCCAGCCCACUCAUCUUGUUCCACAACAGCCGUCAACAAAGCGGAAGUACUGCUUUCUACGACCGUUUACGGCAAGCCGUACACCUCAUUCUACAAAAGUGGCAGUUUUAGCGUCUCGCACGUUUCCGACUGGAUUUGUUGUGCCUAUUCUGCUUUCUAUGCUGUCGGUGUCGAUAUUGUGGCAGUCCAACUAGAAGACCACACGUUUUCGCAGGCGAUUCUCUCCAAAAAGGAGCUUGAGUGUGUACGGCAAAAAGACCCACCGCAACGAUCAGUUUUUCUGGCAGUUCACUGGGCCGUAAAAGAAUGCGUUUUAAAGGCUCUUGGUCUUGGGAUAUCGUCUCAUUUGCAAAUGAGCGACAUUUCUCUAUGCUUCGACCGAGACAUGGGUACCUUUUCUAUUACCGAGCUGGUGCCAGAAGCAGCGACUUCAACUCGCGCGCUACCUGUGACGGUUUCGUUGCGGGAUAACAGCGGCGAAAGGUGGAUGUACUCGUGUGUCCAAAUUGCUGGCGAUUCAGCACACAUACUUGCAGUUACAAUAAGAUGUGAAAAGUGUGCAGAAAAUGUUGAGUGGCAAUUUGAGUCAUUUCAAACUGUUUUGAGAUGCUAG